GGUCAGGCUCGUGCCCGUCCCCGUGCGGUGGACUGUGAGCAGCGGCAGCGGCAGAGAGGGGCAGCCCGCCGGAGGCACAGAGACCACCGCGUGACUCUCGGUGUCUUCCAGCGGCUUUCGCGGACCUAACGGCUGCCUCUGUGUGGACUUUUCUCGGGGACAGAGGUAGGGGGCUCCCGGCCUCACCUGGACGCUGGUUUGGAGGAAGUUUGCCCCUUCAGCUACGCCGAGAAGCGGAACAAUGAGGGAGAGCCAGCCGGGCAGCCAGACCCGAGCUAACGGCUAACAGGGAGCAGCUGGGCGGUGAAAGCGACCAAACUGUCCCGUAACGGAUCCUCCCGACACUUUUCCCGCUUCCUCUCAGCGCGUGGACACUUGGACUCGCCGCUCCGGGACUGGCUCACACUUGUGGAGGGACACUUGAAGCCACAACAAGUUUUUUUCUCUGCUUUCGGACAUGGAGACGGACUCGCUUCCAGGCGACGUGGAUUCUCUGCGCGGCGGGCUGAGCCUCCUGGAUCCGCUGGUGGACCGGAUCCUGGGGGACGCUGUGUCACAGCAGCAGGGCUGGCUCCGGGUCUACGAUGUUAAAGGUCCUCCGGCUCACCGAUUCUCCUGCGGUCAGAGCCCGUACACCAACAGCGGCUCCUGGGACAGGAAGUUCUGCAUCCUGACCGACACCCAGCUCAUCCUGCUCAACAAGGAUGAUGAGGUUGCAGGCGACGCUCAGGAGAGCCCCACAGACUCGGCGAAGGCUCGCAGCCUCCGCAGGACGGUCAGCGUCCCCUCAGAGGGACAGUUCCCGGAGUUCCAGGCAGAGGGCGCCACCGCCAUGCUCGAAGUUUCUUCGGAGAGAUCUCCGAGGAGGAGGAGUAUUUCUGGUUUGGGGAGCUCGGAGAAGAGCGUCGCAGUCGACAAUCCAAACACGUCUCCGUUCAAAGUGCCGGGGUUUUUCAGUAAACGUCUCAAAGGCUCCAUCAAAAGGACGAGGAGUCAGACCAAACUGGACAGAAACACCAGCUUCAGACUGCCCUCGAUCCGGCCCGCCGAUGCCGACAGAUCGCGCGUGCUUCCCAAGCUGAAGGAGUCGAGCUCCCAUGAGUCCUUGCUGAGCCCGGGCAGCGCGGUGGAGGCUCUGGACCUGAGCAUGGAGGAGGACGUGUUCAUCAAGCCGCUGCACAGCAGCAUCCUGGGACAGGAGUUCUGCUUCGAGGUGACGUACUCAGGCGGCAGCAAGUGUUUCAGCUGCACGUCGGCGUCAGAGAGAGACAAGUGGAUGGAGAACCUGAGGAGGACGAUUCAGCCCAACAAGGACAACUGCCGGCGCGCCGAGAACCUGCUGCGACUCUGGAUCAUCGAAGCCAAAGACCUGCCGCCUAAGAAGAAAUAUUUCUGCGAGCUGUGUCUGGACGACGUCCUGUACGCCCGGACCACCAGCAAGACCCGCCACGACAGCCUGUUCUGGGGCGAGUACUUCGACUUCUCCAGCCUGCCCGGCGUGCACAGCAUCACCGUGCACAUCUACCGCGACGUGGACAAGAAGAAGAAAAAGGACAAGAACAACUACGUGGGCCUGGUCAACAUCCCCGUGGCGAGCGUGACGGGCCGGCAGUUCGUGGAGAAGUGGUACCCGGUGAGCACGCCCACCACCAGCAAGGGCAAAGGCGGCGGGCCGUCGAUCCGCAUCAAGUCGCGCUUCCAGACCAUCUCCAUCCUGCCCAUGGAGCAGUACAAGGAGUUCGCCGAGUUCGUCACCAACAACUACACCAUGCUGUGCUCGGUGCUCGAGCCCGUCAUCAGCGUGAAGAACAAGGAGGAGAUGGCGUGCGCGCUGGUGCACAUCCUGCAGAGCACGGGCAGGGCAAAGGACUUCCUGACAGACCUGGUGAUGUCAGAGGUGGAUCGAUGCGCCGACCACGACGUCCUGAUCUUCAGGGAGAACACGCUCGCCACCAAGGCCAUCGAGGAGUAUCUGAAGCUGGUGGGACAGAAAUACCUGCACGACGCGCUCGGCGAGUUCAUCAAAGCUCUGUACGAGUCGGACGAGAACUGCGAGGUGGACCCGAGCCGAUGCUCCACCGGCCCAGCUGCUGCCUCUCCCCUUCUGUUCAUUCUGUACAUGAGUGAGUGUCGCAGCAGUUUCACAAACAGACACAUCCUGAAGUUUGCUGAUGACACAGUGAUCGUCAGGCCAUGGACAGUACUGUUGGCUCCUCCCCGUCUCCGCAGCGUGUUUCCUCGUGAGCUGAAGGAAGUGUUCGCCUCGUGGAAGCAGCAGUGCGUCGCCCGCGGCCACCAGCAGGACAUCAGCAAGCGCCUCAUCAGCGCCUCGCUCUUCCUGCGCUUCCUCUGCCCCGCCAUCAUGUCGCCCUCGCUCUUCAACCUCAUGCAGGAGUACCCCGAUGACCGAACGUCCCGGACGCUCACGCUCAUCGCCAAAGUCAUCCAGAACCUCGCCAACUUCACCAAGUUUGGAAACAAGGAGGAGUACAUGGCCUUCAUGAACGACUUCCUGGAGCACGAAUGGGCGGGGAUGAUGCGUUUCCUGUCGGAGAUUUCCAACCCGGAGACGCUGACCAACACGCCGGGGUUCGAGGGCUACAUCGACCUCGGCCGCGAGCUGUCCGUCCUGCACGCCCUCCUGUGGGAGGUCGUCUCUCAGCUCGACAAGGUGCAGACACACAAACAUCGACACAGAUUGCCUCCGCAGCAUCCCUCCAACCACGCCAGCUUCUCCGACCAGGAGGAGCGCGACACGCUGCUGCCCAACGGUCGCAGCAUCUCUCUGGUCGACCUGCAGGACGCUCAGAGCCUCCACAGCCACACCCCGCCACACCACGAGGCCCCGCCCCGCCUCAGCAGGGUUGGCUCGCAGGCCUCCGUCGGACAUGCCGUUGCCCCGGUUACCUACUCCCACUCCAACCCUCUCACGCCUCAGCCGGCGCCGCACCAGGCAAAAGUCCCGCCCAGAGACGGACAGCCACAGAGCGCUCCGCAGGUGAGGCGGCCGCUGCACGCCUCCGUCAGCCAGCAGCGCAGCCUGCAGCCGCUCUCGUUCCAGAACCCCGUCUACCACCUGAGUAACCCCGCCCACAGCGUGACAGCACGCUCCGCCCACUCGCUGCGGCAGGACUCCAGCUCGGAGAACCUGAGCACCGAGAGCUCCCACAACAGCCACAGCAACUCCGACGACUUCGGCAGCCAGGUGGGGGGCAAAGGUCGCGCGCCGUCCAACAGCAGCCUGGACGAGGCGGGCAGCAGGCGGAGCACGCAGAGCGAGGACUGCUCUACGCCACGCCGCCACGCCCUGCAAGACCUCCCGCCCGGCACCGCCACAGCGGUCGCCAUCCCUCGUCAGAGCACGACAGCGGGCACCGCCCACAUCAUAAAGGUGGAGCAGCAGAGCAAAGGGGGCGGGGCAAGGACGCCACGGUCCGCUGCACACAGCGCCUCGCUGCACAGCAGCAGCAGCGCCAACACCGAACCAACACCCACCCCCGCCGCUGGCAUCAUCAACCGCCAACCGUCCACCUGCUCUGUGGAGAACGUGGCUCCGCCCCCAAAGAGCGCCACCAAGCAGAUGCCACAGGUGGCGUCUCCAGUGGAGGCGGUGGCGGUGGCGAUGUCUCCCGUGGAGAGGACGGCGGCGUGGGUCCUGAACAACGGGCAGUACGAGGAGACGGAGGAGGAGGGAGGGGAGAGGAGCAGGGAGGAGGGCAGGAACACCGAGAAGUACGAGCUGGAGAUCUCUCGGCUGAAGGAGCGCCUGCGCGUGUCCGGGCGGCGCCUCGAGGAGUACGAGCGGCGGCUGCUCGCUCAGGAGCAGCAGAUGCAGAAGCUGCUGCACGAGUACAAGAACCGUCUGGAGGACAGCGAGGAGCGACUGAGGAGGCAGCAGGAGGAGAAGGACGCCCAGAUGAAGAGCAUCAUCUGCAGGUAUGUGACACGCCUGUGGCACACCUGUGGCACACCUGUGGCACACCUGUGGCACACCUGUGGCACACCUGUGGCACAGGUAAUGGGUUUCAGAGGGAAGCAGCGAUGCGUUGUGUUCGAGCAGCAGCUGUGA